UGUGAUGUUUGCUCUGCAGAAUGACGACAAAGAAAGCGCUGACCUCGGCUACAUGACUUCAGAGAAGGCCUACAGGAUCGUCUUAGCCGGAGACGUGGCUGUGGGAAAAUCUAGCUUCCUGCUUCGCCUCUGCAAGAACGAGUUUAAACUGAACUCCAGCACCACUCUGGGCGUGGACUUUCAGAUGAAGACACUCAUUGUGGAUGGAGAGCCAGUUUUAUUACAAUUAUGGGACACUGCAGGGCAGGAGAGGUUUCGCAGUAUCGCCAAGUCCUACUUCAGGCGUGCAGAUGGUGUGUUACUGUUGUACGACGUCAACUGUGAGAAAACCUUCCUGAAUGUUAGAGACUGGGUGGACAUGAUUGAGGAUGUGUCCCAUGAUGAUAUUCCCAUCAUGCUUGUGGGUAACAAGUGCGAUCUUCGGCAAGAUGGAGAUAAAUCUGUUCCUACCAGCUACGGGCAAAAGCUUGCAAUGACAUACAACACUCUGUUCUGUGAAACCAGCGCCAAAGACGGCUCCAACAUCCUGGAGGCCGUGCUGCACCUGGCCAGGUUGGUAAUAAAGCAGGACACCUUUGAGGAGAAACGCUAUCAGUCGCUGACCAGUUUAAAUGCUCCCAAGAAUAAACCAAAGCUCUCCUGCUGCACCUGAUCCAAUGCUCCAGAGCUGCACCUCCUCAUCUGCCUUAACGUGGAGGAUACAAGGAGCAGAAAUUUAACAAAACAGCAACACAUAAAUAAUUGUUGGGGGGAAAAAAAAUCAACAACCAGAACUGUUUUAUUUAUAAACAAAGUGGCAAAAAGAAGAGAGAUAAGAUCCAGCCGCUUCAGGAAGUUUGAGUUAUUGCCGACUUUUUCUCUCUGACUGAUAAUUUCAUUGUUUUUUGUGCUGUUAUCGAUACUUUACAGGACGUAUUUAUGAAUUGUUUGCCAUUCAAACAUUUUUCUUAGAGAAAAAAUGAAUCAUAAUACUAAAACUGGGAAAGUAAAGUUAAAGGGAGUGAAUAUAAUGAAGUGAUGUGAAAAUAACAUAAGAGGUGCAAUCGGUCGGUUUAUGUGUCGCAUUUGUACUGGUGGAAAAAGAUACGAAGAGUAUUGAUGAUGAGAAUUGAGGUAUAUUUAAGCAGUAAAUGUCCAUGAUGGUUUCAGGUGCAAUGUCCCAACCCACUUUCUAAACAAUACCAAGCAGUGUUACAUUUUUGUUGUUAUAAAGUUUCUACUUGUUUAUUUCAGCUCACAAAUGCUAUUAAGUUCAAGAUGUUCUCUAAAUAAUAAAUAAAUAAGAGAGUAGAACAGUGUAUAGACUGUUAUUUUUAAGAACAAUUUUAAUGCAAUAAAGGAAUUAUUGCAU